GAAUGAAAAAUGAUGGUUAAUUUGUAAAUAUCAAGUUUUGAGUGGUCUGUGCGUAAUUGCCCCAAAAAAUUGUUGAAUUACUUAAACCCACAUGAACCGAAUCUUAUGAAUAGUACGCAACCGAUUUCGCAGCCGUUCAACUCUCCCGAUCAUAUGAGCAGCCAGAACGAAGGGAGGAAUUCGAAGGAAGCAUUCUCGAAAUCGCCGCACACGGAGGGCGGAACAGAGGGCUUUCUCUUCGUUUAGUGAUAUUGGAGCUUAAGCCCUUGUCCGAUCGAUCUUGCGUGCUCUCUCUGUUGAUGAAUCUUAUCUUGGUUUCGGAUGCGAAGAAACCUUACGCGUUUCUUGGCAAUCACAAGCUCCCCGUGUUCAGGCCUUUCCACUGGGGAGUUUUCCGUUUCUGUCUCUCCCGAGAUAGAUGGGAUAAGGAGUUUGCGAAAUUGCAGGCCGGGUGAUUUAGGUUAUGCUUGCUCUUCUUCCUGUGCUGUCGUUUGUUGGGGUUAGAUUAUUUUCUGGUUAGGUAGAUAUGGAAUCUUCGCAGGGGUCGACGCUGACGCCAGCGACGGCGGCAGGUGCAGCUGCUGCCGAUGUCGACAUCUGUGUGGUAGAUCUGCUGCCUGUUUACGUCAAGGAGCUUAUUGCUGGAGGAGCAGCUGGAGCGUUCUCAAAGACGGCUGUGGCUCCUCUCGAGCGGCUCAAGAUUCUCUUGCAGACGAGGACAGAUGAGUUCAAAUCUCUUGGGAUAUUGCGAUCAAUGAAGAAACUGAAACAGCAUGAGGGUAUAUUGGGGUUCUACAAAGGAAAUAGCGCGAGUGUCCUCCGAAUAAUGCCUUAUGCGGCAUUGCACUACAUGACUUACGAACAAUACCGGUGUUGGAUUCUAAAUAAUUGCUCAUCAUUUGGGACUGGAUCAGUGGUUGAUCUCUUGGCUGGCUCGGCGGCUGGAGGGACUGCUGUUUUAUGUACUUACCCCUUGGAUUUGGCUCGGACUAAACUAGCUUAUCAGGUUUCAAACACAGGACAAUCUGGCCAUGGCUUGAGGCGUCUGUCUCCCCAUCCAACUUACAAUGGAAUAAAAGACGUCUUCACAAGCGUCUACAAGGAAGGAGGAAUGCGGUCCCUAUAUCGCGGUGUCGCUCCAACUCUUAUCGGCAUCUUACCCUACGCUGGACUAAAAUUCUUCAUCUAUGAAGAACUCAAGUCCCGCGUUCCUGACGAUUACAAGAAAUCAGUCGGUUUGCGCCUCACUUGCGGCGCAUUAGCAGGCUUAUUUGGGCAGACUUUAACGUACCCGUUAGACGUCGUCAGGAGACAGAUGCAGGUUCAGAGCCGGCAGCAAUUGAAUGAUAAACUUAGGGUGCCUCGGAUUACAGGCACCGUGCAAGGGGUUUGUGCCAUUGUCCGCGAACAAGGGUGGAGGCAAUUAUUUGCUGGUCUAAGCCUGAACUACUUGAAGGUGGUUCCUUCGGUGGCCAUUGGUUUUACUGCUUACGACAUGAUGAAGGCUGUGCUUGGAGUACCCCCAAGAGACAAAUAAUGGGUACCCCGCUUCUUCUACUUGCAAUACAUCCAUCAUUUUACCGAUUACCAUUUUUUUUUUCUUUAUUUUAUAAUUUCUAUAUUUAUCAGGCAAUAGUAACAUAAUUAUGUGGGAUCAUCAUCAUCCCUCAUCUUCAGUAAUAAUAAGGACGAUUGUGCUUUGUUGAAAGUGAUUGGAUUUUUAUCAUAUGAUUUAGGAUCUAUUUGGGACAGUUUAUUUGGUGCGGUGCCGUUUUGAAAAUUC